GCUCCCACUGGCUUCUCAUAAACUUGGACGCGUCCUGCUAAACGAUGACCAAACGGCACCAAAGAUCACGAGCGAGCCAUCGUGUCGCGUCAACGCACUCUGGAUAGGCUGACUUUUAUUUUACAGUAAGAAAGUCCAGUCUGCCUGUUCAACACCUCACAGAGGAGAGGGUAGAAGAUCGGAGGCGUCCUGUACAAGCUCCCCAAGAUAUCCCAAUACCAGGAGGAAUAUUAACUAUCGCGAGGUAAAGAUUCCACGAUUCCAAGAGGAAUGAUCAUGCGGAGAAGUAUCGCGUCCCGGGACAUUAUCGUCUUAUUGUUUUUCAUGCUGCGCGCUCCCGGCGCACACUGCGCGCUCCCUUCCACCCCGAUGGCCAGCGUGCAUCCUCAGGACCCAGCCCUUCGGAUCGGCGCCAGCUUGACGGCCACGUGUUCUGUCGGCACCGACCACGGCCUGCAUGCCGGCUCGCUCUACUGGACGUUGAACGGUCGACGGCUUCCCAGCAACACCUACAGCGUGCUCAGCCCCAGUGUCCUCAGCGUCACUUUGAGCAACCUGAGCGGCUCGCGUCAGCGUUCGGGAGACAACCUGGUGUGUCACAGUGGCGGGGGGCACGUGCUCGCCGGGUCCUGUCUCUACGUGGGCAUGCCACCUGAGAAACCCGUAAACCUUACAUGCUGGUCGAGAAACACCAAAGAUCUUACCUGCAAAUGGGCUCCUGGGGGUCAAGGGGAGACCUUCAUUAAGACCAAAUACACACUCAAAUUCAAGCUGAAGUGGUACGGCCAGGAAAAAGAGUGCGAAGACUACAGCGGCGGGCAGCCGUACACGUGCUACAUCCCACGCGACCUCGCCCUCUUCACGCCCUACGAAAUCUGGGUGGAGGCCUCCAACCAGCUCGGGAGCGCCAUCUCCGACGUCAUCAACCUGGAUAUUCUAGACGUGGUGACGACGGAUCCUCCGGCCGACGUUCACGUGAGCCGAGUGGGCGAUCUGGACGAUCAGCUGACCGUACGCUGGGGAACCCCGCCUGCCCUAAAGGACUAUCUCUUCCAGGCCAAGUACCAGAUCCGCUACAGGCUCGAAGACAGCACAGAGUGGAAGGUGGUGGAUGACAUGGGAAACCAGACGUCCUGCAGGUUGGCAGGGCUCAGGCCAGGAACCGUGUACUUUGUGCAGGUGCGGUGUAACCCAGUGGGCAUCCUGGGAUCCAGGAAGGCAGGCAUCUGGAGUGACUGGAGUCAUCCAACGGCAGCUUCCACGCCACACAGCGAGCGCUCAAUUGCAGGUUCGUGUGACUCCAAAGCGGCCCGACAGAACUCGACACUGCGUCAGGACCUGAAGCAGUUCUUCAGCUGGGUGCGCAAGCGUGUUUCCGACUGCAGUGCAAUGAGCAUCAAACAGUACGACCAGUGGCGCGUCUGGCUGCAAAAGUCUCACAAAACCCGGAACCAGGUUCUUCAAGGAGAUAAAUCGUAGCAAUGUCAAACCCCUGGCUGCUGGAACAAGAUGGGGGAAUGGGGGAUGCAGGAGGGAGGAGGGAGGAUAAGGGACAGCUAGCUUUCUUUUAUUUGCCAUGCUGGCUGUUAUUCCUGCUGCAGAAAGACUUGAAAAGGAGCAACCUGGGAUUUCAAAUCCACUGGACACUUUAUAAAAAAAGUGCCUCUAUUGAGUUUUUUUUGGGUUUUUUUUGGUCCGUACAGGAAACCAGAGUUAUUUUCUUUGUUUUUGUUUUUUUUUUAAUGUUCAAUUGAUACCCAUGACAGAUAUGGAGGAUAUCUUGGGCUGGGAUUUGCACAUUUUGUUCCGAGGAUGACGUCACACGACCGUGCAUUUCAUUGAGUUUUCUGUGAUAUUAUGACAUCACAGAAUCCUGCAAUAUGCAAAUGAGCACCUCUAUCCAGUGCCUUAAUGUUUUAUUACAUGCUGUUGUGUGCUAAACGCUCCAGAUUUGAGAUUUAAUGGCAGGAUUCACACGAGCCAGCCUUUUUCUAAGCAGCACAGGCCAAAUAGUAAUGAUAGUAAUGUUAUAUCAACAAGUUGUGUCAGAAUAUGUUUUUUUUUUUUUUUGUGGUUAGUUUUUUGCUAAAAUUGUCUUAACGAGUGUCCACUCUUACCAAAGAUACCCGUACACUAGGUGUGGGUGAUAUAGCAGGAAUAUCACAUCAUGAUCUUUAAAAAUCUACUCACAAAAUAUACCAUUCCACCUCUUUCACCUAUUUUUUAUUUACAUGGUGAAAGGUGAAUAUAGUGUAGCUUAAAAGCUUUAAUUUUUCCAAAAAAGGUUAUUAUCGUUCAGUUAUUUACAUUAAAAGAUUCAUAUAUAUAUUUGCCCAAUAAAAAAAAGGUACAAAAACAAAAUGUAAAAGAGCAGAAAUGCAAAAAAAUGGUAAAACAUUUUAACAAUUUUAACAUCCACUUAACAGCUACUAUGUAACUACUGACGAUAUUCCUAAAAAUGAUGUAUCUUGAUAUCAUCUAACAAUAUGAUCAAGGAUUCAUGAGUGUUCCAGGUCUUUAUGUGCAUUACAAAAGGAUUACCUCUCAGAUGACCUCAUUCAUUCAAGUUAAAAAAAAAAAAAAAAAAAUAUA